AAAUGGCUCUUUUGACAGUAAAGGUUGUUGACCCCUGAGUUAAGGCAAACAACGUAUAUUGCCUCUACGAUAUACAGUAUAUAUAUAUAUAUAUAUUUAUAUAGUCUCGCGAGAGAUUUAUUUACAGAUCGCGGAUCAGAUUUCGCGAUUUUCGAGUUCCCUUCUAGACCCACUCAGAGUUCUGUUGCUGUUGCCGUGGAGAGGAACAGGAAGUGGUCGUCAGGCCUCAUCAGCUGACCGGCUCAGCUCUAACAGGAAGUCUGCUGGUGAAGUCAACAUGGCUGCCGUCUGCUAGUAGAGGAGGAGCAGAGCUCUAGAGAUGAGAUAGUCUCCAGGACAGUUGACUCGGUUCCGUGUGUUUAGCUGGUGUCGCCGCUGGUCCCGACAUGGCCCAGUGUGUUCAGUCCGUGCAGGAGUUCGUCCAGGACUCGUUCGUCCCCAUGGUGGCCGUGUUGUGUAGUGAAGAAGCGGAGACGGUGACUCGCAAGAACAACCUGAGCUUCGCGGAGCUGCUGCGGCCUUUCUGCAGACUGACGUCCGAAGGACACAUCCGGGACCCCAAUAACCAGGUGCAGGUUGUGAAAAACCUGCGCAUCUGUGUCAACAAUGUGGUGACGAGCCCAAACACAGCAUCUGCUACGUUCAGCCCCGCCCAGCGCCGACUGCUCAAUGAAGUGGUCUUAUCCUGCCAGCCACAAGAGGGUGCUGCUAACAGCGUGAUCACAGCAGGAGACUAUGACCUCAACUUUAGUGAUCACUCUCUUAAAGCUAGCACGCCCUGGUACAGUGCCUGGAGAGAAACACUGUUGGAAGUCAGCACCUCCAAGCACUACACAGCAACCACGCCCUGGUUUGAAGCCUACAGGGAGAACUUCCUGCAGUCGAUGCCCGCCUCCGACCAUGAGUUUCUCAAUCACUACCUCGCCUGCCUGCUGGUGGUUUCCUCCACUGAGGCAGUCCCAGUGGAGCAGUUCCUCAAGCUUUCCCAGGAGCAGCACAGGAUUCAGCACAGUGGAGACUACACCAACCCCAAGUGGUUCAUCCCCAACACGCUCAAGUACUACGUCUUACUGCACGACAUGAGCCAGGGGGGUGAACAGAGGGCAGAUUCGGUGUACGAAGAUAUGAAGCAGAGGUACGGCCAUCAGGGCUGCUACCUGUUGAAAAUGAACUCUCGCACCAUCUCGGCGGAAGAAGAUGAACAAAUUCCGGACCCCUGGACUCAAUACCUGCACAGGAAUAAUCUGCAGAACCAGGAUGUGCUCGAUGAUGCAGCUGUGAACAGUGCUGCUGUUGAGAACAACGUCAGUGCAGCUGAAGUGGACUGCCAUCACUCAGCAGAGAAAGAUGGAGCAUCCAACAGCCUGGACAGCCAUCCUCUCCAGCUGGACACAGUGAGCAGUCCAGGAAGCCUGCACACCCUCAGUGCCGUUAACACCGACCUGAAGAAAGGUGCGAGAGAUCCAGAGGGCCCGGCGGGGGGCGCAGGGAGCCACGGGGCGUGUCUGACCCUGAAUGACCACGACCACAUCAGACAGUUCAUCCAAGAGUUCACCUUCAGAGGCCUGCUGCCGCACAUAGAGAAGAACAUCAGACAGCUCAACGACCAGCUGGUGUCCAGGAAAGGUCUGAGUCGGUCUCUGUUCACUGCCACCAAGAAGUGGUUUGGCGGAGGGAAAGUUCCAGAGAAGAGCAUCAGUGAACCAAAAAGCACAUUUGGCCUUCUAUAUCCCCCAGAAGCCCCCGAGCUGCAGAUCAGAAAGAUGGCCGACCUGUGCUUCCUGGUCCAGCACUAUGAGCUGGCCUACAGCUGUUACCACACUGCCAAGAAAGACUUCCUGUCAGACCAGGCCAUGCUGUAUGCUGCAGGAGCACUGGAAAUGGCUGCAGUAUCAGCCUUCCUGCAGGCUGGAGCUCCCAGACCAUAUCCAGCACACUACAUGGACACGGCAAUACAGACGUACAGAGAUGUCUGCAAGAACAUGGUGCUGGCUGAGCGCUGUGCAUUACUCAGUGCUGAGGUACUCAAGAGUCAGGGCAAAUACUCAGAUGCUGCAACUCUCCUCAUCAAGAUGACCAGCGAGGACUCUGACCUGCGCAGCGCUCUGCUGCUGGAACAGGCUGCCCACUGCUUCAUUAACAUGCGUAACCCCAUGGUGCGCAAGUUUGCCUUCCAUAUGAUCCUGGCUGGUCAUCGUUUCAGCAAAGCAGGACAGAGGAGGCACGCACUGCGCUGUUACUGCCAGGCCAUGCAGGUGUACAAGGAGAGGGGCUGGUCUCUGGCGGAGGACCACAUCAACUUCACAAUCGGCCGUCAGUCCUUCACACUCGGUCAACCAGAGAGCGCCGUAACAGCCUUCAGACAGAUCCUGACUAAUGACAGCAGGCAGACGGCCACACAGCAGGGCGCCUUCCUCAGAGAAUACCUCUAUGUCUAUAAGAGUGUGAUAGUGGGGAAUGAAGACAGCCUCCCCCAGCUGCCUCUGCCCUGCAUCCACAGCUCAGCCACGAGGGUCUACUUCGGACAUGAACGCCGCCUCGCAGAAGGUGAAAAGCAGGCAGCCACUCAUGUGUCCCUGGACCAGGAGUAUGACCAGGACCUGGCAUCCAUGUGGUGCCACCUAGAGGAGCAGCUUGUGGCUGCCACCAGCAGGGGGACUGUCCCAGCGGGCUUCCAGCCCACCCAGUGCUGCCUGAACAGCCAGACAGACAACCUGCGCUGCCCACUGGCUGUGGCAGAGGAGCCAAUCGUAGUGGAGGUGACAUUCAGGAACCCUCUGAAGGUUCCUCUGGCUCUGUCCAACCUCUCACUCCUCUGGAGGUUCGCUGAUGAUGAUGAUGAUGACGAUGAUGAUGAUGAUGAUGCGAAGACGACUGAAGAGUUGUCAGGAGAGGCUAUCACCAGUGAGGAGACCCUGCCUCUAUGGACGACACAGCGAGAAGACAUCGCCACCACUGAGAUCAUCCUGGAGUUUCUUAUGGGUCCAGAGGAGACCAAAACGGCUCGACUCCGGCUGCUGCCACACAGAACUGGCCAGCUGAACAUUGUGGGUGUGGUGUACAACCUGGCUGCGGCUUCCUCUGGAGAGACGGCUCCCAGCACUGAAGGCCAGCAGACGUCGGAUUUAAUGGUGGUUCGUGGCAGACAGGACCUGAAGAUCCAGGGCCCACGACUGAACCAGACCAAAGAGGACAAGAUGGUGAUUCGACAUGGUCUGGAUCGGCGUCUGGAUCCCAUCAUAACCCCACCCAUGCCCCUAAUGGAGGUCUUCUUCCUGCAGUUUCCCACUGCUCUGCUGUGUGGUGAGAUCAGGAAGGCCUACGUCGAGUUCUGUAACGUCAGCGGCGUUGCUUUGUGCGGCCUCCGAGUGGCGUCCACACACCCAGAUUUCUUCACCUUCGGCAGCCAGAACACUACUCCCCUCACGCCCGUCAGCCCGACCUCAGCCGAAAACUGCUCCGCCUAUAAAACCAUGGCCACGUCCCGGCACCCGGGCUCAGUGGCAGCUGAGGUGUUGGUCUCAGCGAAGGAUUUCAGCCAGCCGUCUGGUGUGAUGGAGAUCCCGAUAGAUGGUAGCACGCUGCAGCCGGGGGAGACCACACAGCUGCCUCUCUGGCUCAGAGGACCAGACCAGGAGGGAGUCCAUGAAAUCAACUUCCUGUUCUACUACGAGAGCACAGAGAAAGGAAUGAAAAUCAGUCAUCGGGUGUUGCGUCACACAGUGUUCAUCUGUGCCAGUCGCUCUCUGAGUGUGCAGGCGUCGGCCUGCCGCAGCAGCGUUCCUCCACAUCACAGCCUGGAUGACAAAAGCAGCGGUGGAACGCUGGUCUUCAUUGAUGUGGAGAACAUCAACACGAGUGAAGCUGGUGUGCGCGAGUUCCACAUCAUCCAGGUGUCCAGCAGCAGUCAACACUGGCGCCUCCACAAGUGUAUCAACCCAGCCAAGGAUAAAGACUGUAAACUCACCAGCAGAGAAAGAGCCAAGCUGUGUUUCAGGGCCACACGAUGCAAGCCCCACCAAGCUUCCUCGGGUGUCGUUGAGAAAUACACUUUUGCAGACCUGAAUCUGGGAAAUGAACGGAUCAUCAGUUCCUCCACACCCUGUGGAGAUUUCUUCUUCCGUGGCUGUCGAACAUCAGAGACUCCGAAAGUGGAGGCGGUAUCAUCCAGGACAACAUCCAGCAGCAGGAGUCAGGUUUCUGACAUCACCAGCAUUGUGAAGAAGUGUAAUGAGCUGGACCUCAACAUAAUCGUCAUCUGGAAGGCCUAUGUGGUAGAGGACAACAAACAGCUGAUCCUAGAAGGCCAGCUCCAUGUGGCGCUGCAGACCAUCGGGAAAGAGGCCAGUUCUCUGACUCCCAAAGAGGAAGCUCAAGAGAUGGUGCUGCUCAAGUUUAAAGCAGAACUACCUACUCCAGUCAUCCUGCCCUCUGCAGAGCUGUCCCAACUCAUCAAGACCAACCUGCACUACCCCGAGACCUACACACAUCCGUUUGUCCAGGAUAGUCUCUGUGUGGUGCCGGUUACUCUGACUCUGUCCAACUGCUCCUUGGCUCAAGUGGAUGUCAUCAUUGACUUAAGGCACAAAAGCACCAGCCCAGAGUCUCUGGAGGUCCACAGCUCGUUCACCUGGGUGGGUCAGACCCAGUACAAGCUGCAGCUGAAGCCUCAGGAGGUGCUGUGCCUGACUCUGCGAGCCUGUUUCCUCCAGGCGGGAGUGUACAACCUCAACACGCCGCGAGUCUUCGCCAAGCUGACCGAGCAGGGCGCCGUGUGUGAGACGAGUCAGCAGACGGCUAGUCCUGCUCUCAUUAUCAUCAACAACGCCUGAGUGGAGCAUCAUGGGACCUGGACUCUGAGUCCUCCACACACACACACACACACACACACACACAUAUACAUACACACGACAUACUUGUUCUUCUUGAUUGAUACUGGACAGCAGGAAACUGAGAUGUUUGUACCGAUUACUAAAAUAGAAAAAGGUGUAUUUAAAUGAAACCGUUUAUAGAGAUUGAUGAGUUUAUGGACCUCAGAACUGUUUAGUUUCUUCAUCCGAGCAUCAACCAGUUUCACUUGCAUGUUACUUUCUCUGUAGGACGCCCUCUGAUCAACACACAGGUUUACCCUCCUCCAGUACCACACACACACACACACACACACACACACACCUGCCACAAGCACCUCAAACAUCCGCUUGUGUUUGGAAGCUAACAACAGCAAGGUCAUCUGUUCAGACUGGUGCUGGUGUUAGACCAGGAUGUUGACUCUGUAUAUCAGGGUGUGUGUUUGUCCACGUUGAGCCUCAUCACCAGAGUGCUCUCAUCACUGGGAUACAUCCGUUUGUGUGUGAUUGGUUCAGUUCAGCUGGACUGGCCUUCAGCUCCAGACUCUGGACUGAUGCAGCAACUUCAGAUCUAAAACUAAAUGUAACUGUGGAGGGAUGAGAUGUCUGACUGAGCAGUAGUUACUGUGACAUUCUAACAAGAGCUGUUUACAUCCUGAGUAUUGUACACCUCACCACCCCGUCGUACUGCCCGCUCUCUGUGUGAUAUUGACAGUACAACACACCACCAUGUCCUCGUGUACAAGAAGUUCAUUUUCAAAGAGUCAGCCAAUCCAAUCAGCAUACCCCCCCCGACCCCUUCCCCAAACCAGUGUAUUUAACCUCACCCUAUUGUGAUUGAGCUCUUGUAUGCAUUGACUUGACAGCUUUUCUGGAAAUUAUGUAUUAUAUUUAUAUAACAAAUUGGUUGUAAAUAGAAAAUAAAACUGUAACUAAUGAUACUGUAUCA